UUACAUUACAUUAAAAGCCACUUAUUGUUAAGGAUUUUAUUUUAUUUACAACUUUUUUUAUCUUUUUCAGGAAACCACUUGGUGUUAGUGACAGACCCGGAAAUUGUUGAGGAUGCCUAUGCAUUUGAUAAUCCGUGUUUCAAAGACGCGACACCCGCGCAAAACCGGCAAAUUGAUAGGCCGCUGUCAAUCAUCUCAACAGAAACUCCGACCAAGGAUUCAAUGAAAUGGUCUUCUCCUUGGUCGUCUCUCGGUCUUGGCUCGGGAAACAAAUUCGACAAAAGAAAAACUCUUGACGAUUCUUGUCUCGGCGCAAACGCCACGCGAAUUAGCGUGAUAAGUUUGAGAAGCCGGGAUUUUACAGGACUGGGUUUCAAUGUGUGUGGAAACAUGAGAGAAGGUAUCUUCGUUAAAGACCUGCUCCAUCGCGGUCCCGCCUCAGAAUCCGGUCGGAUUCAUCCAGGUGACCGGAUAGCCAGCGUUAAAAUCAGCUUCAGAAGCAUGGUCUACGAAGACGCAUUAACAAUUCUCAGCUACGCUUCUCCUUACGACGUCGAGCUGGAAGUUGAAAGUGGCGGUAGCAGUUCACGACCUACAACUCUACUAAAGAAAACAGUCGGUCCAACUCCGUCACGAAUUUGCCACCCACUUUACAGAAGCCAAUCAAUUCCUGAACUUUCAAAAGUCGAUAAAAACUCAGCUAAGCGUCUUUUCAUCGCCGAUCCAAACGAGUCACUAGGCUCGAAUUAUUCCACGAUGAACUCAACCUUAAAGUCUUCCAAGUCGACUCCUGGCAGCCAUACGCUUGAGCGCCGACACGAGGAAUCCAAGGGUAAUAAUAAUCAUUUCAAGUUCGGGAUUAAAGUACUCCCCGUGCUGGAUAAUACCGUUUACAGGAUUGAAAAUCAGAACGAACAUAAUACAAAUCUCGAGCGACACAACUCUCGUAAAACAGAUGCUGAAAAAAAUAUAAUAAACAGUAAGAAUUUAAAUUCUGUUGAUACUAAACCCGUUAAAGACGGUAAAGUUACUGAGCGUAUUCAGCAGCGUGAAAAUACCGGAUUAAAAGGUGGAGAAAGUUUCGAUGCAAUUGACAGUAAAUUAACUAAUCAGAGUGAUAAAUCAACUGAACUCGUUGAUAUUCCUUCAGAAGUUCCUGCAGAAGUGCAUAAUGCUGCAAUAGCAGCAAGAAGAAAUCGCAAAAACAGCGCAGAGCUUCUUAAAUCCCCCAAGAUUAUUACUUCUCCAGAAUUUCCGGGUGAUUUUGAAGAAAAGAGCCCGCAGAAGAGCAAAAGAAAAGCUCCAGCGCCUCCCGAGUCUCCAAUGAAAGAAACUCCGGGCAAAUAUGAAUCGUUGAAGCACGAGAGAGAAGAUAUUGAUGAUAAAAUUGAAAGUAUCACAGAUUACACUGAAUCUUUGAAUGAAUAUGUUGUAAAAGUUCGUGAUACUGGAGAAAGACACUCCAGAUUGAAGGAACGUUCUUCUGAAAGACGAAGUUCUGAAUCAGAUACUGAUAAUGAAACACAGGACAGUUUUACCACAAUAGAACUUAAUCCCGCUGACAUUACAAUUCACCACACGCCUAUACCUCAUAUUGUUGACGACGACGACGACGACGACGACGACCCCGAUGACGGGUACAGAAAAGCCGCUAGCCUAGGAGACUUGUCCAAGUAUGAAGCCAAAAGCUCUUCGACUCUAGAACGAGCUCAGAGUCUUGAUAUGACUGAUACUUCAUUAAGGAAACGCAAAACACCUUUGCCGCCUGAAGAUAUUACGGAAGUAACUGAAGAUCUUACUAAGCUGGAUGAAAUUGACACGUUUGAUAGGCGAAAAUUGAAGAAAUCUAGCGAGUGGGGAACUUUGGAGGACGCUAUCUGGAAUAAAGACUCUGAUGAUAUUUCUGUGGAGAUUAUUUCUAAGCCGAAGAUAAGAAAGAAGAGUAGCGGUACGCUUGAACGAUCUAAAUCUGCGGUGGAGAUAAAGUUAAAAGAAGGCAUGACUUCAUUUAAUCAGGUUGAUAAUAAGAAUGAAGAUUGCAGUAUUGAGCUUUAUAAUUUACCGCUUAGUAAGAGUCUUACAAGGGAUUUUAUUGCUGCUGAAAGGUCGUUUAAUCCUGAUGAAGACAAUUCUUUGGCGAGGAUUGUUAACAAUGGAGAGACGAUUAAAAAUCCGAGCUUGGAUGAAAUAGAAUUGGAUUUUAGACAAGCGAAACCUUUUAUGGGAGAGCUAGAAGAAGAUAUAGCUGUGAUUGAUGAGAAUGAUAGUGAAGAAAUGGUAAUUAAUUUGCCAGUGAGCGAGUCUUUUGGCAAAGCGUUGAGAUUUUUUGAUCUGCACGCUAGUGAAGAAAAAAAUGAUCUAGGUAAGAAGACUAACGGGGACGUUGAUGUUUCUUCAAUGUAUGCUGGAUUAAAGGAGGUGACUGAAGAGCCAAUGAGGAAGAAAAUAGUGAACAGAAGGUGUCCGUACUGCAACGGAGAUGAACUCCAUGACAAAAGUUGUUCUCUUCACAGUCGUCUGGUGUCUGGUGACACAGAUUCCGGUGACAGUCUGAGUAAUCGUAUUGGCGAUGAAGAAAAGUAUUACAAAGCUAUUGAGGAUCAAAUUGAAAAAAGAAUGACUGGUAAAAUGAAUAAGGUUGAUAAUGAGGAGGAAGAAAUUGAUGAUGGGUGUGAUAUUGGAUCCAGUGUUACGAUCAAUAGCAAUAGCAAGUCCCAGUCUCCGGGAAAUGAUCGGCAUAAUGUUAGCAAUGUUAGCAAUGUUAGUGUCUCUAGUGGAGAAAACAGUGAAGACAGUGGGCUGGUUGGUGAGUCUGGGGAGUUCAAUCAAAUUGACGCUAAGCCUACUGUCUCUAGUGUUCCAAUAGGCACUCAAGAUUCUCCGAGGAAAAUGACGUACAUUACUGAAAUAAAAGUCUCUCCCAGCAGGGAGAUCAUUCGUGAGCCUGAAGAUGUUGAGAGCAAUCGUGAUAUACCUGCGCUUAAAGGUGAAGUCACUGUGACGUCAAAUGGAAAGUCUAUCCCUGGUAGAAAGCCACCCGUACCUCCGAGAAGAAGCGACGCUUCUAAAGCACUCAAAGAUAAGGCUAAUGAUAAACAGGUUGUUUAUGUUUCGGAGUAUAAAAGUCCGAAUAAAAAUAUUAUUGAGGAUAAAUUGGAUAGUAAUUCUACUACUGGCAGCAAGAAAAUUGAUCAUUGGAUUUAUUUGGGAGAUAAUAAAGAGCAAAAUCCUUGGGGUAAUGGAUCCAGUCAACCACAAUCGGUUACUAAUAUUGUCGUUGCUUCUGGUGAUGAAAAAAUAUUCCACCAG